GCCUGUCAUGGGCCCACCAAUCCAUCCUUCCCCAACUGUCACGAAUUCUUCUUCUUCUUCCACUGUCACCCACUGCGACAUUCUAAUGCCCGCCCCUCUCUCGUCCUCGUCAUACUUUUUUUUUUUUGCUUUGGUUUAUGAGUCUUCAAUGGCUGCCCGUAUCAAAAUCUUGCGUAAAGAAAUCAGGGGUCGGUGCUAGAUGAGGAUUUCCGUUUCUUUUUGGCUGUCAAAAGAUGCCCAAAAGCUAAAGUCUCUGUCUUUUUCUUUUAGCGGAUAAAUUUAGUUGGUGGUACUGAAUUCGCUGUUCUGAAAGAAUGUAUCGUCAUGAAGGUACUUCUCAAGGCAUAUUUCUUCCUGGGUCUUAAAGUUUCAAGCGGGAGAGAGAGAGAGAGAGCGCUAAUGUUUAGAAUUGAAUGAUGCUUUCUUUUGGCUUUAUAUGUUAGAAUUUCUGAGGCGAUGAUGCAAUUUUUGGCUGCUCUAUCCUCUGUUUCUACAGUAGUUGAAUGCGCCAUACAUCGGAGUCAUGGAGAAGGUUGCACAGAAGAAAUUCUGCUUUGGAUUGCUGAUUUUGGGAAUUGUGCUCGAUAGGAGCUUUUGAUAAGGAACAGCGUUAAUUACUGACAGUUUCAAAUCCAAAGGAAGCUACAACAAGGUUUUGCAAGAGCAGGGUCUGAGGGAUAAAGAAGGAAGUCAAGUGUUCAGAAACAUAAUGGGAAAGAGGUCACAAAAACGUCCUAAGGGGAAUGAGAAGGAUCGUUCUGGAUGCAUGUGGGGCUUAAUUAGUAUAUUUGAUUUCCGCCAUGGUCACCCAACUCACAAGCUGAUUACAGAUUUUCGGCACAGCAACAAGCUUGCUGUUAGUGAGAAAAGUAUCAUGUACUCAAAGAAUAAGUUUGAGAUGUUGAGCAAUUUGGAUGAAGAUUGUGAAGGCAAUUUUGACGGUACACAGAGCAAGAAAACAAUGGUUACAACUGAUGCUGUCAAGCCUUGCGUCAAGAAACUCAUAGAAGAAGAGAUGUUCAUCGACCAAGAUACAAUGAAGAAUAUGCAUAGUGCUGAAGUAGAAUUUAAAGAAUCCAGAUUGAGGCUCGCAAACCCUCUGAAGAUAGAUUCCAAGAGAAAAAAUAAGUCUCGUAAGAAAAGUCGGGACAAGGACACUCAGAGUUUAAAGUCUGAUGCAACUUUACAAUCAGAACUCUCACAUAAUCAGCAUUCAAGGCAUCAGUCCAAAAGUAGUCUUGAUUUGGACAAUAUAAUGGAAGGUUUUUCUCAUUUCAAAGAUGUUUGUUCUGUGAUUCGUGACCAUAAUGGUGAAGUUCUUCCGCAGCCAAAUGAGAAGAAUGUAAUAGCUGAAAACAAUGUAAAAGAUGCAAUCCAUGAAUUUGUUAAUCAGAUCACAUUCAAUGGAAAAGAUCUGCCAGAAGAUGAAAAAUUCACCUGCUCCCAGGAACUCAUGCAAGUGCUUCAGGUUAUAAGUUCAGAUAAGGAAUUGUUUCUUAGACUUCUACAAGAUCCAAAUUCGCUUUUAAGGAAACAUGUUCAAGAGUUGGGGAAUUCUCAGGGGACAGAUUUCAAAGAACACAACCCAGUUACUGGCUUCAGCAUGUCCAAACAAGAACCUAAUAAUCUGGAAGAAGCCACAGAGGUUGUCAACCACAAGCAGCGUAACUUUCUUGGGAAAAAGGUGACGUCUCAAGGAAAAAGUCCAGCGAAAGGAAAUGACAACACUGAGUCUUCCAAGAGAAUUGUUACUUUCAAACCCGGCCCCAUGGGCUUGCGAAAUUCUGAAACUGAGAACAAUCUUUUUUCGUCCAUAAAUUCUCAUGAUAUAAAUCAUCCCAAAGAUCACCAUGGUAGAGUCAGUUCACAUUUUUCUCUCACAGAGAUCAAGAAGAAAUUGAAACAUGCUAUGGGAAAGGAGAGGCAUGGAAACCCCAGAGGGAUCUCCAAAAAACUCUCUAUUGAGUGUCAAAAUAUGGAACAAGGCAGCAAGGUCUUUAGCAAAGACAAUAUUGGAAUGAAAUCUCCCAAUAAGGACCAUUUCUUCAUCGAGAAAACAGCAAGACCCACAUUUGAUGUUAACAAAGGAGACAAGGCUGGUAAGUUGAGAGACUCCGAGGUAACCACGGAUCGAAAAAAUGACAGGUGUCUCAAACAAAAGGAUUCCAACUUAUACAAUGAGGCCAAGAAACAUCUGCAUGAGAUUCUGGGUAAUGGAGAUGAAAACAUGGAAUUUUCAAGUCAGCAGAUCCCAGAAACCCUUGGGAGAAUUCUAUCUCUUCCUGAAUAUAACUUUUCUCCCAUCGGAAGUCCUGGAAGGGAGUGUGAGCAUCGCUUUGUGACUUCACAGACAAGAUUUUCUACUGUGGGAAACAUUCAGGAGGCUAAUGAGGAUUUUCAAGCCGAUAUUAUUGGUCAUCCAGAUCAGGCAACAAAAAAUCCAGAGAAGCAGUCAAGUAUCAGUGAUGAAAGUUUUAAUGAAAAAGUACAAGAAAUUAACCUGAAGCUAAAUCUCCCAGCUGAUCAUACUCACGAUGAUAAAGUGGAAGCAACCUCUUGCCAUCCUGUUAGGAAUGAGAUAGUCCCUGAAGAUUUAAUAGCAAGAAAGGAUAAAAAAUGUGACUCUGGAAUUUCUGAUGGUUCAAGACCUUCUCUCUGUUUGAAUCAGGAAAUCUCAGAAGAAAAUCAACCUCUAUUUACUUCUCCGUCAUCAUCUCCUUCUCACCCUUCAAUCACUAGGAAAGUUGCAGAGAUGGAAAGUGGUUCAGCUGAAUCUGAGAGACCAAGCCCUGUGUCCGUUCUUGAUACACCAUUUGAUAUCAGCCCUGGAAACACCAGAUCCGAACCGGAUAAAGUACCAGUGCAGCCCUUGCAUAUUCAGUUUGAAGAUCAUGAUUCUUCACCUAUGGAUCAAACUGAAGGAGGAAAACAUUGUACUGAAGAAAAUAAGUUGAUAUUUGACUACAUUGAAGCAGUCCUGCAAUCCUCUGGCUUAAAUAGAGAUCAACUUAGAAUCAAGUACCUUUCCUCAAACCAAAUACUAGAUCAAUCUCUAUUUGAUGAGGGAGGGUUUUUCCCAAACCAACCUUGCCAUGAUCAGAAGCUCCUAUUUGACUGCAUCAAUGAAGUUCUCGUGGAUAUUUGUUGGGAUUACUUCGGGAUACUCCCUUGGGCAUCAUUCCUAAAGCCUAGCAUAAGGCCAAACCCAGAUAUGAAGAAGGUGGUUCUAAUGGUCUGGCAAAGAGUGUGCUGGCAUCUCCUUCCCUUUCCUCGGCCACAUACUUUGGAUCAAAUUGUUCAUAAAGACAUGGCAAAAAGUGAAACAUGGAUGGAUCUUCGAGUUAAUGUUGAAACAGUUAUUACUGAAAUGGCUGAUGAUAUUCUUGCGGAACUAAUGGAAGAGACAGUAUUCAAUUGUGUCGGUGAAAGCCUAGAGAGUGAAUCUUCUCAACUUCAACCUGAAUUGCUGGAGGAUAAAAGCAGCAUCAACAUAUAAAAACUUUUCAACUUCUUGUUCAUUCCAACAGAUAAGUUCCCUGUUGAAGAUAGAAGGGAAGAAGUUAUACAUUAUGCUUCAUGGAAUUGGCAAUAGACAGGAAUACUAGAAUUUUGGGGGUUCCUAAGCAGUGUUUCUCUUGGCCAUUUCUGACUUCUCUCAUAGUGGUUAGAAUAAAGCGCAGGUGGACAUUCAAAGAAGGGACUUAAUCAGAAGGAGCAAAGAGUUUUAGUUAGAAAUGCCAGCAAAAAGUACAAAAUAAUACUUCAUACUUUUGUUCAUUGUAUUUCACUUAAUCCAGAAUGAGUCAGCGAUGCUGUUAUUGUAUAUUUUGUAGAGUUUUAUAUGUUGAUAACAUGAGUUUGAGUUUCAUAAA